AAGGUGACACCACUUCAUCUCACAGCUCAUACACAUCAAACUAUAAGUAACAAUAUGUCUUCGGCCCGCUUCGUCUUGCUGUCGCUUUGUUCUACCCUCCUCCUUCGGGCCGCUCUCGGCGCCUUCCCGUUCUACCACGUUUGCUCGACCUCCGGUAACUUCACUGCCAACGGCCUUUAUGAAUCCAACCUCAACAAGCUCACCAGCUUCCUGUACACCAAGACCCCUUCCUCGGGCUUCGGCCACGGCUCCAUCGGCCAGUACCCAGACCAGGUCUACGGCCUCGCGCUGUGCCGAGGCGACCAAUCGGCCUCAGACUGCAAGGCCUGCGUGGCCGAUGCUGGUGCCGAGAUCCGCCGCCGCUGCCCUCGCAACAAGGGGGCGGUAAUGUGGUUCGACGAGUGCAUGUUCAAGUACCUCGACACCGACUUCUUCGGCCAGAUCGACAAUGCCAACAGGUUCUCCUUCUAUAACAUUAACAACGUGAGCGACCCUGAAGCGUUCAACAGCAAGGUAACGGGGCUGCUGACCGGGCUGGUCGAGGAGGCUUACACGGUGCCGAAGCUGUACGCGACCGGAGAGAUGGGACUGGAGGAUAAGAUGAAGCUGUACGGAUUGGUGCAGUGUACAAGGGACCUGUCGGCGACGGAGUGCAAGGAGUGUUUAGAGGGCGCGAUCGGCAAGCUUCCGAGCUGUUGCGACGGGAAGGAAGGUGGACGAGUGCUUGGCGGGAGCUGCAACGUUAGAUACGAGAUUUACCCUUUUGUCAACGUUUAAGAGUCCUAGCUCAAGGACCUUAGUAUGGUUUGAUUAUUCCCUAGCUAGGGUGUUCCUAGCGUAAAUAAAGUGAAGGCGAGUGUGGGAGUUUACCUGACACUCUUUCAUUAAAUGAAUGGAUUAUAUAGGCUGUUUGCAUAUAGAAGUUUGAUGUAUUCAUCAAUAUGCCAUCACUAA